CUCUACUAGAAAAAUCCAUCUUUCUCUUCUUUAUCCCAUUGGUAUUGCUAGUCUGAGGGAAAAACAAAUCGUUUUGAUCGAGAUCGAGUAAGCGUGUAGCUCUGGUGGUGUUGUUAUGCGUAAAAUGGUCAUGCAGAAGCUAGAAGUGUUCUUGAGACAAAUCUUGCAUAAUAUGACGAGUGACCACGACGAGAAAUAAACAUUUCUGCAAAUGUGUGUCUCGUUAAAUUCGUCGAAAUUGACCUCGUUUAACGCACAAGAUGAUCAUCUGCCUAAAGCACGUUGGGAAUAGCUUUGUGAGAGCGAGACUACUACUAUCUGUCGUGUUGAGAAUACUCGAAUACUCGCCUCUGUCUUCGAGUGUCCUAUGCGAGUAGCAUUGAAUGAGAUGACCGAAGAGAUAUUGAUGAGUGAAAAAAAUCGGGGCCACAUCGAGUAUGCUCUGUCGUGCGAGACUCCUUGUAUCUGUCGUGAGAGAGUGAGGGUAACUUCCCCGUGAGAAAGCAUGAUCUUCGUAUACAUAGAUCCAAGUGUCUUCAAACUUGUCGUUGAGAAAUGGUCGUGCUUGCGAAAGUAUCGCUGAGAAAGUAUCUUCGUAAAAAUAUCUUCUGUUGAGGCUACUCUCUCUCUCUCUGUCUCGAUAUAGUCCCAAGGUGCUUGAGAACGAGACUUGAACUUUUCGUACUGUCGUUCCUUACAAAGUUGUUUCCUUUAGAGAAUUUCUUUGAAGUAGAGACUUCCUUUUCUCAGUAGAGCUUUGCUUGUUGAAUCAUAGAUGUUGAUUUGAUCUUCAUCCUAUCGAUCGGAUGAUUCAUCCUCCAUUCUUGCCACCAACCCAAAUCUAGAGCCUUGAAAAUCUUGGAAAAUCCCUUGGAUUUUUUAACCCGCGUCAAACACGACAAGAAUAUUCAUUCUUCUCAACAUCAACAUCAAGAUACUUACUUACGACUCGUUGUUCAACAUCUACAAGAUCUUGCAGUAAUAUCACAAUUUUUUCAACAAGAAGAACAUUCUUCAACAAUCGUCUUCUUCAACAUCAAGACUAUCAAGACUACUUUCUUUGUCAUAGACCUAGAAAAACAAACAAGAUGUCCUUGAAGCAGAUCGCAGUUUCCGCAGCCCUCAUGUUAAGGCACCUUCUGAGAUACUAAGUAGAUCGUGAGCUUCAUCUUCAUAGGACGAAGCAUAACACACUAUAAUCGAAGAAAGUAGGUAGAAGCGUCUAUAUUUCUACAGAAUCAUGGCACGCCUUGACCUUCACCUGAGUUUUCUUCAAGUACUAGAACGAACGAUACUAGCACACUUGUUUUGAAGAAAGUAAAUAGAAGCGUAGACAUAGAAUUUUCAUCAUCAAUACUUUUCAACUUUUUUGAAUUUGAAAUCUCUAAUCUUUGGCAACGGUGUCGCAGCCGUGAAGCUUUCUUUGGCGAGCGGCCAGAAGCUCAAAUGUGCGGACUACAUCCAGACCCGCGUAGAUCGCUGGAACCCCUUGGCAAAUCACAAAAAGGCCGCACGCGCUCAAGAGCUGCAAGAAAGGAAACGUCAAAUGGCUGAAUCAGGGGAUCGCAAGCGGAAAGCAGCUAACAUUAAGCUGCAAAAUCCGCAAUUGACUUAUGGAACAUCAAAAUGAACAGUCAGUUUUGAACAGUCUCAACAAGUACUGGUCCGUAAGUACACUUCUUGUAGUAACGGCGUUCAGUACAACUCGGGUUCUCACUUCAACAUCUACGGGACGAGAUGAAGUAGCGUUUUGCUGUCCACCUGCUCCUCUGGACUACUUGUUCCCUUGUUCUGGGACUAGUAGAGUAAUUAGUCACAGAAACUCUGCUACUCUCACUCUUGUUGCUUCGCGUGAUGUUAUAAGUACCCCAUGAAUGGGUACAUGACUUUGUUGCUUCGCGGUACACUACUUCUACUACUACUACACAUCUUUCCUCUACUACUCUUACAUCGUAACGCUAUACCCCAUGAAUGGGCACACUACUACUACUACUCCUACUACUACUACUACUUUCCUUUACCUUGUGUGGGCGUCUAAUAAAACGAGCGGGAACGCCACGAACUGACAGCCGACGCGCUCAACUCGGCCAAACGUUACGCCGACAUGUGCCACCAAGCCGGAGGAACUCCCAAGGCGAAGAACGAGAUCCCAUCGCAGAAUUAUGGAAUCUACUUAUUCUCUUGGUCAUAUUAAUACGGGGCCAUUGUUCCUUAUGAGUGGCACACCCUGAAGGAGCUUUCCAAAGGAGCCACCCUUAAGGAAAUAGAAAAUGCUUAAGCAUAUAAGUGUUAAUAUAUUAUAUAUAUAAGUAUAUUAUAUAAAAUAUUCAUAGUACACCUUGUUAUACGUAGAUAAGUCACAGAUCAUUACAUCUAGGGCAUUUAUAUGGAAUGGAAGCCAUAGGCCAACGACACGGCCGUAAGUUCCCCUGGAGACUGAACACGGCCGCAGCGCCGUGCAAGACCCCACGCGUUGAAGUUUCCCUUUACAUCCAUACACACACAUGGAAGCCAUAGCAGUUGUUCGCUGUUGCUAUGCUAAUAUGGAACAGCCAGGCUAGAAGAAGCGCGCCCUUGUUCAUCACAAUUUUUGUGCUGUUGAAGAACUACCUAGAUAGCAGAAGUGAAAUGAUAAGCACGGUCGUUUAAUAUUACCUGGUGCAUUUUUUGUAGUUUAUUUGUACCCAUUUCAUGAUCAAGGCGUUUCUGAUAGUUCUUGCACCAGUUGUAUGUUAAAAGUUAUAUAUAGUCGCUUAGAAGUAAUUUUUGUUUAUAUGCUUGGUAUUCAACUUCAACAAGGAACAAGACCCUCAAUUACUAUUAAGAAGUUGAUGGAUUAACAAACAAUAACAAGUUUCUAGUCGUUGGUUCUUGUCGUGGUUUCUUUCUUCUAAUAAUGGACAGCUUAUCAGGACGAAAUGAGUUUCCGUGCGCAAGAGUUUCUCAACUUGGAUGUUUUGCACAUUGAAGACCUGCCCAAAGCGAAGCGCGGCGAGACCCCGAUUUUCGGCCAACAAGAUUUCGACUACAUGGCCUACUUUAACAAGUACCUGCAUAAGGAGGUGCAAUACACCGCCCUCGACGAUGUCGAUAACAAGUCGCCCAAGCAUUAAGAAGGGUCCUCAACGUAAAACAUACCUGUUUUGUCGUUCUUGUAUGUAUUUACCUGUAUUAAUUGAUAGGUUCAAACACUUCUCUGCUUUGGCUAAAAUCGUUUUGGUUACACAUCCACCAAUCUUGUUUGGCCAACUUUGGAUUUUACACGACAUGUUAGGUUCUUCCUCCCUUGAAGAUUCAGUAAGAUUUCUGCAAGGUCUUGGACGCGGUAACGACCAGGAGUCCAGAAGAUAGAACUAGAAGAUUUUCUUUUGAGAGAAGUAAACUCGUCGACUCCUGCUGUGAUUAACACCUGCUGUAGAGAGGCAGAUCAUGAUAGAUUCCUCUAGUAUUAUAGGUACAGUCAUUAUCAUCAUCAUCAUCAUCGUAUUGAUUCCUAGACAGUUGUUUCAUCAUCAUCUUAUUGAUUCCUAGACAGUUGUUUUCAAAUUUGUUCUAAUUUUGAUGGGAGCAGGUGGACGCGAGUUUUGUGGCACAUUGCUGCUCCGUACCCCCAGUGGACGACCGCACCAAGGAAAAGGUAAAAGAGGACAGCCAGCUGACGGCGGUUCUUGAGGACACUGCUCGGGCUGCUGCUCCGGCUGCUGCUCCGGCAACUCCUGUUAAGGGUUACCGAAUAAUUGCAUCCUUCCCUUCUAGGCUUCUACUUGAGUUAUUACCCGAAAGCCACGGAUGAUCUGAAGAAGUCAAGAAUGGUAGUAACGUUGAGUUAGGGAACUAAGUCAAGAACCUCUAAUCCUGCACAGGAUGCUCCUACCGACGUGAAACCGGCCAAGAAGGCCGAAG